AUGCUGGCUGCCUCUCUCCGCCGCUGCGUCGCAGCCGCAGCCUCCCGGGCCGGCCCGCGAAGCCUUCUGCACUCCGUCCCGACCCCCAGCUCCGCCGCCGCUGUCCAGACAGUUCGCUGCUACUCCCACGGGUCUCAUGAGACAGAAGAGGAGUUUGAUGCUCGCUGGGUGACAUAUUUCAACAAGCCAGACAUCGAUGCCUGGGAAUUGCGUAAAGGGAUGAACACACUUGUUAGUUAUGAUCUGGUUCCAGAACCUAAAAUCAUCGAUGCUGCUUUGCGGGCAUGCAGACGGUUAAACGAUUUUGCUAGUGCAGUCCGCAUCCUAGAGGCUGUUAAGGAUAAAGCAGGACCUCAUAAGGAAAUCUACCCCUAUGUCAUCCAGGAACUUAGACCAACUUUAAAUGAAUUGGGAAUCUCUACUCCAGAGGAACUGGGCCUUGACAAAGUGUAA